UGAAAUAUUCCAAGCUCAUUAUUUAAAAAGAAAAGUCAAUGGGGAGCCAUAUAUCGUGAAGACCUUCCAAUAAUGAAGUUAAGAAAGAGAAAAGUAAAGAGGUUAAAGUUGCUAAAAGUAAAAAGAGAAUUCCCAAAAAGAAGGGUCAAAGAUCCAAAAAAUUAUCUCGAAACGAAGGUAAAUUCCUAGAAGACAAGUCAACUCUCGAUUCUGACAAGCCAUUUCCCUAUUAUUCCGAAAAUCAGCCGACUUUCGAAGCCAGUGAUGAUGAAGGUGAGGAAAAUUUCUUACUCCCGAACUAUAAAAGGAGGCAGACUCCACUAGUAACCUUUAUGAAUAAAUAUCGUCUAUAAGAAUCUUAUCAAGUUAA